UUGAUAAUUUAUUACCUAUUGAUGAAUAUGUAGCAGAAAUUUGUGAAAGAGAAGGUCCGAAGUCCAAAUGUCCUCCACUUUUGGAAUGACCCUUAAGCUGCAAACGCAAUGCUUAUCAUUUACAAAGGAUUAAAUAACAACCAGGGAUCACAUUUUAACCUUUAGUAUUCGAUAGUUAUACAUUCUCCUCUAUUCUGUGCACACAAGAAAGGAGCUUUGCAGAAAUCUGUCUAGUGACUGACUAAGCUUACUAGACUACAGCGAAUAGAUUGAAGUGAAGAGUUUUGACAUUUAAAGUGAUUUAACGGAGAGACAAUGACUUCCCUGCAACACGUCAAUCCCAGAGUGAGAGGAAUCAGAGUGUCGCCACAGAAUGUUCUCCAAAGUCUGGCUGAGCACAUAACACAGGAGAUCACGCAGGGGGCCCACAAACCAUUUAAGGAGGUGAUCGAUGUCAGCUCAGGUGAUCCUCACAGAGCAGGAAUGAAACCCGUCUCAUUUGUUCGACAGGUCUUGGCAGUCUGUUUGUACCCUGAGCUGCUGAAAGACCAAAGCCUUCCUCUGGAUGUCAAACUGAGAGCUCAGAGGCUGCUGGAGGCCUGCGAUGGAGGAAGUGUGGGUUCAUACAGUGAUUCCUCUGGGCUCCUUCAUGUUCGGCAAAGCAUCGCUGAGUUCAUCACAAAACGAGAUGCUGGAGUUCCCUCAUACGCCAAAAACGUCUUUAUUUCAUCUGGUUCUCAAAAGGCACUGAUGAUUAUUGUGAGGCUGCUGGCCAGUGGGGAGGGGGAGACUCAGACAGGGGUGUUGACCCCCAUGCCAAGCCCACACACACUGCCCACUCUGCUGGAUGAGGCUGAGGUGGCUCUGGUGCCCUACCAGCUGGUGGAGGAGCGAGGCUGGGCUGUACACCUGGAAGAGCUGCACCGAGCUGUGACGACUGCUAGAGGGCACUGCCAGCCCCGAGCAAUUUACAUCAGCAACCCAGGAAACCCCACAGGCCAUGUGCAGACCAGGGAAUCAAUGGAGGAAGUAAUUCGGUUUGCAGCAGCUGAGGGACUCCUGCUGUUUGUUGAUGAGGUUUACCAGGACAGCAUGAUUGGACUGGACAGAGAGUUUAUUUCCUAUAAGAGAGUCCUGUUUGAGAUGGGCAAAGAGUACGCAGAGACCGUGGAGCUGGUCUCCUCCCACUCUUUGUCCUGCACCUCCAUAGCAGAGUGUGGUCAGAGGGCAGGGUACAUGGAGAUAGUCAACAUGGAUCCAGAGGUCAUGCACUUUGUUGAUACCAUGCUGUGCACUGAUGUCUCCACUCCAAUCACAGGACAGCUAGCUCUGGACCUCAUGGUCAACCCACCAAAGCCUGGAGACCCUUCAUAUGACACAUACACACAGGAAACCCUCCUCACUCAGACCACUCUGUCCCAGAAUGCUCAGCGGGCUGUGGAGCUCCUGAAUGAUCUACCAGGGAUGAGCUGCCAGCUAGCGAUGGGGGGAAUCUACCUUUAUCCAUGUCUGCAUUUACCAUCUGAGUUUAGGCAGCUAGCUAAGAUGCUGGAAGUGGAAGCACAUGUUCUGUACUGUCAGAAGUUCCUGGAAGAGGAGGGUGUGCUUGGGGGUGUAGGGCACGACGGCGGAACAGCCAGCAGCCACCAUGUGAGGUUAUGUGUCCAUGUUCCUCCUGACACCAUGGAGGAGGUCCUGACUCGCCUCCGUUCCUUUCACCUUCGCCUCAUGGACGGCCACUGUAACUCCGACUAAAGCAAGAAGGACAAUAACAAGGAGGAGAGAUCAACAAGCAGUUUUCUCCCAUCUCAUUUUUUUUGAAGGGGGCUUCUUAAUAUAGAAACCAUCUUCAUUCUCACAAUAUGACAGUAUCUUUUUCUAAGUCCUUAUGAAAUUGAUAUUUGACAAUUACACUGAGAAAAAUACUCAGAUACAAGCAUUUUCUCCUUUGAUAAUUAGUGUGUUUCUGUACUUGAGCACCACUUUGUACAUCAGGAAUGCACACAGUGUCCAUUUUGACUCAAAGCUGAGGCUGCAUUUUAUGAACAGUUGGUAGGUUUGUAAUGAGUUUGGAUGCUGAACAGAAGAAAAUGAAAAACUAUAAACAGCAGAAAAGUCGGAUAAGAAAGUCUGAGAGGAGUAUUGUUGCGAGAAAAAAAAACUUCAUUAAAAAUAUUUUACAGAAUUUUUAAAAAGUACAAAAAUGAAAGUUGAAAUACAUGGUACUGCAUGGUUUGAACCGUGUUACACCACCAGCUGUUUUUUUGUUUUAUUUUUUUUGCCAGAGGACAUACUGUAUGCUGUAGUACUAUGAUAACAUGGUAGACCAUAUCUGAAACUGUCGGAUUUCAUGCUAGAUUUCAAUGCUACUGUUCAAAGGUUUGGUGUCACCCAGGCAAUUUCAUGUUUUCCACAAAAACUCACUUUUAUUCAUGUUCUAACAUAAUUACGCAACGGUUUCCUAAUCAUCACUUUUAAACAGCAUUAGCUAACAUGAUGUAGCAUCUCUGCCGGGGUCAGGGGCAAUUUGCUUCACGAGUGUCUUGGAAUUUCGGGUUUUUUUGUUUUGUUUAUGAUGAGUGAUGAGAUCUUUGAAUGUGAGAUGAACAGACGGAUUAGUGCAGCAGCAGCAGCAUUAAUUGCGGGCAUUGCACCAUAGCAUUAUGGUGGAGAGGUGCUGAGCUGGAAGCCAAAGCUCUCGAUUUACCAGUCAGUUUACAUUCCAACUCUCACGUAUGGACAUGAACUCUGAAUAGUAAACAAACAAAUGAGACCAUCAUUGAUACAAGUCAUCCAAAUGAGUUCCUUGGUAGGGUGGCUGGGCCCAGCCUCAGAGACCGGGUGAAGAGCUUUAACAGCUGGAGGGAGCUUGGAGAAGCAUUGCUGCUCCCUUACAUCAGAAAGAGCCUGCUCAGGUGGUUUGGGGAUCUGAUUAGGAUGCUUCCAGGGUGCCUUUCUUUAGAAAGUCUGCAGGCACAUUGUACUAGGAACUGGAAAUCAUUGCUGGCAAGUGAGACGUCUGGAAUUUAGAUUAACCUGUUGUCACCGUGACCUGACCCCAGCUGAGGGGAAGAAAAUGGAUGGAUGCUUGUGACAAAUCAUUUCUUUCUUCUGCAAAAAAUAUGCAAUUUUUUUUUCAAAUGAAAAUGCAAACAGCACAGAUUAGUGAAUUUUGUUUAAACACAUGUAGUGAGAAGAAAUAACAAAAAGGAACAAAAUUCAUUAAUAAAUACACAAAAUGCCUCUAUUAUUACCAUCUGAAAUAACUUUGUAUUUUCACUAUGCUGUACAUAUUUACCCCCUGCCAUUAAAUGUGAGGGUCAGAGAGCAAGUUAACCACCAAUACAGAAAUAUAUGCAAUAUAUACAUUUUCUAGCUGAGAUAAUGAAUUAGGUGUAACUAAACAGCUUUUAGCAGAGACACUAAAUGAUGGAUUUAGUUAUUGUUGGGAUUGAAUAGAAUGUGUAUUACAGAGAGUUGUGAAAAAUUAACAAUGGAAUCAUUUUGGACAAAUCAGUCCAAAGGUUUCUGAAAUAUUACAGUAGAAAAAAAAAACAGCGAACAAACAAAAAUUGCCAAAGUCAUGAUUGACAAAUUGAAAGCAAGCAAACAAACAAACAAAACACAGCAAUCCAUCCAAUAGUUCAGCAGACUAUAAAACUUCCAGAUGUUUUUCCAGUAAUUACCUUGGCUGCGGAAGCUUACCACUGUGUAAUUUAACAUGGGACAGUUUUACAAAGAAUCAAACAUAUAUCUAUACCUCUCACUGUAACAUAAAACCGGAAUUAUCACUGAUGACUCAGCUUGCCCAGUUUGACCAAUGCUGACUUUAGUGCCUAAUUUUGAUUUAUUGUUAGUAUUUUGAGGAAAUGUGUAAUCAUUUAUAGUCUAUAAUUUUAGCCAUUCAAUUUUAAUGAAUCUUUGUCGCAAAAACUAAAAAUAUUUUAGUGUAGUUAUUGAGUUUUUAGUUGUAUUUUUGUACCAUCUAAGCAUUUUAAUGGUACAGUUGCCAUCUUUGUGUAUGGUUACCAUGAUUAUAGGUGUUGCUCUGUUCUAUGGCAGAUUUAUUCGUAAAGGCUUAAUGUGCCUCUGCUCUCAUUAAAUCCAGUUGAACUCUGAA